AUGUCAACACCCCUGCCUUCCAAGAUGCACAGCAUCAUCCAACAAACCGCCUCCUCCAAAGUCCUCAUCUUAACAAGCACACCCAUCCCAACCCCAAAUCACACACAGGGAGAGCACUUAAUCCAAAUAAAAGCCUGCAGUCCCUGCGCCGGCGAACUCCUCUGGCCAAAGAACUUUCCUCCAUCAAAGGCGCGCACUCUAAUCCCAUGCCCGGACAUGGCAGGAAUCGUCAUCUCAGCACCGGAAGACUCACCCUUCCAACAAGGCGCUGAAGUAUACGCACGCACAAACUAUAGCCGGCCAGCAAAUGCGCGCGAGUAUUCCAUCGCUGUGACAGACGAGCUGGCGCACAAGCCCAAGGGUCUAAGCUGGGUCCAGGCUGCUGCGGUUCCUGUUUCCGCACAGACGGCUUGGCAGGUUCUUUUUGUUCAUGCUCUUCCUAGCGGGAAUGGAGAGGAAAUUGAUAUGGACGCUGCCAAGGCUGUUUGGGCUGGAAAGAGAAUUCUUGUUACUGCUGCUUCUGGUGGUGUGGGUAUUUGGCUUGUGCAGUUGGCGACUUUACUUGGUGCGGAGGUCGUGGGGACGUGUGGUUCACGGAACGUGGAGCUUGUGGAGUCACUUGGUGCGAAGGAAGUGCUUAAUUACCGGGAUGUGGAUUUGAAGGAAUGGGCUGCGCAGUCGCCUUCUAAUAAAGUCGAUGUUGUUGUUGACUGCAUUGGAGGGAAGGCUCUUGCGGAUGCGUGGUGGACUGUCAAGGAUGGUGGUACGGUGCUGAGUAUCUGUCACCCACCUAUGCAGGUCCGCCCGGAUGGCUUUGAGGGUGAAGGUGUUCAUGAUUUGUUCUUUAUCAUGCAGCCUGUGAGGAGACAGUUAGAGGAGAUUUCGAAAUUGAUCAAGAAGGGGAUGUGUCGGGGAUUGGUGGAUAGUGUCUGGCCUCUUGAGCAGUACGAAGAGGCAUUCAAGAGACUGGAUGGAGGCCAUGCAAAGGGCAAGAUUGUCUUCGAUCUUUCGCUGAAUCACUAA